GAAAGCUUUAACAAAAUGAACUUCACUACAUUUAAUCCUUUGGUGAUGAAACAUGUUGCUUCUGAGAACAACUCAGACAAUGCGACCAGCAAUGCUUCCUACAGCAACACAACGACUUUGGCGUGCAACAAAAUCAUUAUACCCCAUGAACUCUUUUUGACUAUUGGGCUUCUGAGUCUCCUGGAGAACAUUUUGGUGGUGUUAGCCAUUAUUAAAAACAGGAACCUCCAUUCUCCGAUGUACUAUUUUAUCUGUUGUCUUGCCGUGUCUGACAUGCUGGUGAGCGUCAGCAAUGUGGUGGAAACCAUGUUCAUGCUGCUGAUUGAUAGAGGGGUCCUGGUGGUCACUUUCAACAUCAUCAGGAACAUGGACAACAUCAUUGACAUGAUGAUCUGCAGCUCUGUGGUGUCCUCGCUCUCCUUCCUGGGUGCAAUCACGGCAGACCGCUACAUUACAAUUUUCUAUGCCUUGCGGUACCACAGCAUCAUGACCACUCAGCGGGCUGUGGCCAUCAUUAUAGCCAUCUGGGUGGCCAGCACCAUCUCCAGCACACUUUUUAUCACCUACUACAAGAACAACGCUGUCAUCAUCUGCCUCAUCACCUUCUUCUUGUUCAUGCUCAUCUUGAUGGCAGCCAUGUACCUCCACAUGUUCACCCUUGCCCACCUUCAUGCCAAGCGCAUCACUGCCUUCUACAAGAACCGACGCCAAAAUCAGGCCACCAGCAUGAAGGGGGCAGUCACCCUGCUCAUUUUGCUGGGGGUAUUCCUCAUAUGCUGGGGUCCAUUCUUCCUCCACCUAACCCUGAUUGUCACCUGUCCCAAGAACCCAUACUGCCUCUGCUUUUUCAACCACUUCAACCUGUUUCUAAUACUGAUCAUCUGCAAUUCAUUUAUAGACCCCAUUAUCUAUGCCUUCAGAAGUGAAGAACUUCGAAAAACGCUUAAGGAGUUGCUAAUUUGCUCCUGGUAGUUGAUGCUUUGCUCUUCGCUCCAUCACCUGGGGGUGGAGCUGCCACUCCGAUUGAUGCGGGCCCUCCCUCAAGAGGAGGUUCGCUGCCAGAUUUUCCACCCCCAGCCCGUAGGGACAAAACCGCAGGUCCAGGAUGGGGAGAAAGCCACCGUCCUGUUUCGGUACCAGGAAGUAUCUCGAGUAGAGCCCCUCUCCGGGAGAAGUGGGAUCUAUGAGACGAAUGGCACGCUUGUCCAGCAAGGCUGCCACUUCGGUCUGCUCAUCAUAGCACAGGAUGUGAUUAGGCGCAGGGAUGUUGCAGUGUUUCUCUCUGCUGGUCCUGAUUGGGCAUUGCCUCACCCCUGUCCUGGCGAAAAUUACGUCAGCUGCUCGUUGAAAUUAGCAUCUCUCUUUUUGAGGCAGUGCAGCAUCACAAGGAGCAAUAUAAAAACCCCGAGACUGUACUUUCACAGUCUUCUCCUGCCUGCCUACCUGGAACCGCAUCCCAAAAUCUGCAUUUGUACAGGACUCACUAUCACACCAGAGGGAAGAAUGAGAGAAAUUGUUCACAUUCAGGCUGGCCAAUGUGGCAAUCAGAUUGGAGCUAAGUUCUGGGAGGUGAUCAGCGAUGAACACGGAAUCGACCCCACUGGAAACUAUGUUGGAGACUCGGACCUUCAGCUGGAGAGAAUCAGUGUCUAUUACAAUGAGGCCUCAUCUCACAAAUAUGUACCCAGAGCCAUCCUGGUUGAUCUGGAGCCUGGAACCAUGGACAGUGUCCGCUCAGGGGCCUUUGGUCACCUCUUCAGACCAGACAACUUCAUCUUCGGCCAAAGUGGAGCAGGAAACAAUUGGGCCAAGGGCCACUACACAGAAGGCGCUGAGCUGGUGGACUCGGUCUUAGAUGUGGUGAGGAAGGAGUGUGAGAACUGUGACUGUCUGCAAGGCUUCCAGCUCACCCACUCUCUGGGAGGGGGCACUGGCUCUGGGAUGGGCACCCUCCUGAUCAGCAAAGUGCGGGAGGAGUACCCUGACCGCAUCAUGAACACUUUCAGCGUAGUGCCUUCCCCCAAGGUGUCAGACACGGUGGUGGAGCCAUACAACGCUACCCUGUCCAUCCACCAGCUCGUAGAGAACACAGACGAGACCUACUGCAUUGACAACGAAGCCCUCUAUGACAUCUGCUUUAGGACCCUCAAGUUGGCCACCCCCACGUACGGAGACUUAAACCACCUGGUGUCUGCCACCAUGAGUGGUGUUACCACUUCCCUGAGGUUCCCUGGACAGUUGAACGCUGAUCUCCGCAAGCUGGCGGUCAACAUGGUACCUUUCCCUCGUCUGCAUUUCUUCAUGCCUGGCUUUGCCCCUCUGACUGCCCGUGGAAGCCAGCAGUACCGUGCCCUCACUGUGCCAGAGCUCACCCAGCAGAUGUUUGAUGCCAAGAACAUGAUGGCAGCCUGCGACCCACGCCACGGCCGCUACUUGACGGUAGCUACUGUCUUCCGUGGCCGCAUGUCCAUGAAGGAGGUGGACGAGCAGAUGCUGGCUAUCCAGAACAAGAACAGCAGCUACUUUGUGGAAUGGAUCCCCAACAAUGUCAAGGUGGCCGUCUGCGACAUCCCACCAAGAGGGCUCAAGAUGUCUUCCACUUUUAUCGGCAACAGCACGGCCAUCCAGGAGCUGUUCAAGCGUAUCUCUGAGCAGUUCACAGCUAUGUUCAGGCGCAAGGCUUUCCUGCAUUGGUACACUGGAGAGGGCAUGGAUGAGAUGGAGUUCACUGAGGCCGAGAGCAACAUGAACGAUCUGGUUUCUGAGUACCAGCAGUACCAGGAUGCCACUGCUGAAGAAGAAGGUGAAAUGUAUGAAGAUGAUGACGAAGAGUCCGAAGCCCAAAAAUGAACAUUUUAAAUCAAAAACAACAACAAACACAUUCAAGAAUUCAUGAAAACCCAGGCUUCCCUCCUCCCCCUCCAUGUUUUUACCCUGCUGUUUCUCUCUCUCUCUCUCUCUCUCUCUCUCUCUCUCUCUCUCUCUCUCUCUCUAUCUGCUAGUGGCAGUCCUAGAUCACUCUCUGUAUCCUUGCUUCUUACUGUUUAUAACUUGCAAAAACAAACAUAAAAACCACACCUUAGUAUUUAUAACUAAUGAAAAAUACUAACCAUUAUGAUACCAAGUUUUAGCAACUCUCAAUUCCUUCAUUUUGAUAACAUGAAGCCCCAAUGUUUUAUUUUUUUACUUGUUUUACCAAUUUUUUUUUGGGGGGGGGGGAAUAUUUAAUAAAUUUAUUGCUGUUAAAGGA